UAGAGGGUGCUCAGCUCGAGCGGCAGCCACCUUGCUCGGCUCCCCCCUCCUCCGAGCUUCCAUUUCCGCGGCCAGCUCCGGCGGCCGGAAUGAGAUGGCUCUUUAAUUGGUUCGUCGUCCAUCGUCUGAUUCCGGCGUGACAAGAAAGGAGGAGUGGUGGAAACAGCGAAUCGAUAAUGAGGGAGGCAGAGGAGGACUGCUCGGCCGGCUGCUCCUUCUCCCUCAUGUGCCUGGAGGACGGUGCCGACCUCGGCGGUGGCCUCGCUGGCAGCGCUGAAGACGGGAAUCUGCUCCUGCUGUACAGUGAAGCUGAGGAAGAGGACGAGGAGUACAUGGACCACCUCGUGUCCAAGGAGAGCAGCUUCUGCUGCUCGCCUUCCUCGUCUUCGUCCUCGUCCCCUGCCUUCUCCGACUUCUCCGACGCCUGCGCCGAGUCGUCGCCGUCGCCGAUGCCCUCCUCCGAGGACUGGUUCCGGUGCGCGCGCCGGGACACCGUCAAGUGGAUCAUCGAGACCCGGGCUUGCUUCGGCUUCUCCCACCGCACGGCGUACCUGGCCGUCUUCUACUUCGACCGCUUCUGCCUCCACCGAUGCUUCGACAGGUCGGUGAUGCCGUGGGCAGCGCGGCUCCUGGCGGUGGCGUGCGUGUCGCUGGCGGCGAAGAUGGAGGAGUACCGCGCGCCGGCGCUGUCGGAGUUCCGCGCCGACGACGAGUACGACUUCAGCUGCGUUUCCAUCCGGCGCAUGGAGCUGCUGGUGCUGUCCACGCUGGGGUGGCGCAUGGGCGGCGUCACCCCCUUCGACUACCUCCCCUGCCUCUCCUCCAGGCUACGCCGAGGCGGCGGCGGCGGCGGCGACGGUCUUGUCGCCGCCAAGGCCGCCGCCCUCAUCUUUACAACCGCCGAAGCUGCGAGCGUGCUCGACUACCGGCCGUCCACGGUGGCCGUCGCCGCCGUUCUGGCGGCGAGCCAUGGCGCUUUGUCAAAGGAGGCGCUGGAGUCGAAGAUGACCAGCCUCUCUCGAUCCUGCCUGCUUGACAAGGAGGACGUGCACGCCUGCCACAGCCUGAUGCUGAGCGCGAGCGAGAUCUCGCCGGCGGCGACCAGCAAGUCCGCCAAGAGGCCGCCGCCGCCAUCCAGCCACGGCUCGAUCGGCGCCGGCAGCACAUACGAGUCCGUGUCCGUCGACGCGGCCUCACCGUUCGCGGCCGCGGCGAGGAGCAGCAACAAGAGGGCGAGGCUGCUCGAGCUGCCGGUCAUCGGCCGGUGAGGAGCGCCGCCGGGAGGCGCACGUUUUUGUCAGUCGUCCUACGGUCGCCGCAGCUCCGAUCGACGCAGCUAAUCUUCUUCACGGAUCUCAGUGUGUUUUCUUUAGUUCUUUGAUCGCCGGUGGCGCUGCCAAAUAAGCGGUGAUUGGCAGCGCCGCCCGCCGUGUUGGAUUGCCGAUGGAGGGCUUGGUUCGGUUCUUGUGCGAGAUUGAGAUCGCGCGAGAGCGAGAGGAACAAGAAAACAGAAAAAAAAGAGAAGAAAAAGACAAAAAAAGAGAGAAAAGAAUGAAGAGAGUGGCGAUGAGUGAGCUUGAGCUCCUUUCCUAAGGAUAGGGGAGGAGAGCUCAAGAAAAUCUCAAAUGUGUGUGCGCAUAAAGCAGUAGCAGCAGGAGCAGGAGCACUGGAGCAGCGCAAGGCUGUUGGACUUUCGCUGCCGCAGAGCCGCACGCUGCACUCCACUUCCCUGGAUCGGAAAAGCCGCAGCGGCAGUAGGCCCGGUCGCCAUUCGGCCAUUCCACUGGGCACUGGCUCAUCGACGAUCUCCAAGGCCGGUGGCAAUGGCGUCGCGAGCGCCACGGCCCAUGGCCUGCCGAAAGCGGAUUUGUACGCGAGACGGUGACCCAGGGGUGGUUCCUCGCAGAGCUGUACAAGCCCCCUUUUAGCACGUGAGAUUCUCUUGCAGUCUUGCUCUUUGCUACUGGCCUACUGCUUUGAAUCGUGUUACUGUGAACCCUACAUGGUUUUGUGAGAAUUGAGAAUUUGAGAUGCAUGGGGAUGGGGAUAAGGAUUCAGAGCCCAAUUCUUGUGCAACCUGCACCGUCCUCUGCAUCUGGGGUCGUCUUCCCUCUCGGUUGAUCGUGCCGCAGAGUGCCGUCCAGUUCAGGGCUCAGGACGGCCAGCCCUUUCUCGCUUCCUUUGGCUGGCUGGCGGCAUCCAAGGUGGCUUUUUUUCUGCAACCUGCCAACCUGGCUCUGCCAUGUUUGGUGAUGCUACUGUUACAUGCGAGGCGAGCGUCGCACUGCGGCAUUCAGAUGAGCAGUGGAGCGCCGAAGCUUUUUCCCGUGUACUUUCGGCGGCCAUGGGGGACACGGCGCCCGCUCUCGUGGGGGAGACGCACCCAGUGGAGGAUGCACUACUCUUCUACGGUCGGUCAGGUUGUUUCGGACAAACACCAUCUGAAUUGUGCCGUGCACUACCAUGCUUGCUUGCCUUA